AUGGAUGACGCAGAAUUAAAUGCAAUUAGACAAGCAAGAUUAGCAGAACUACAGAAGAAUGCCAGUGGAGGAGGAAGUUCAUCAGGAAAUGGUGGCUCAAAUCCACAACAACUGGCUAAUAAUAGCAUGGCAGCAAGUGUUUUAGGAAGAGUUUUAGAAACUGAAGCAAGAGAAAGAUUGAGUAGAGUAAGAAUUGUUAGACCAGACAGGGCUCAGGCUGUUGAGAAUUAUAUCUUGAAAUUGUAUUCAAUGGGUCAAAUUCGUCAAAAAUUGACGGAAAAGGAUGUUGUGCAAAUCUUGGAUGGUAUUAGUAGAGAUACUCAACAAAAACAACAAACUAAGAUUACAUUUGAUAGAAAGAAUGUCCUUGAUGAUGACGAUGAUCUUGGUGAUGAUGAUGAUGAUUUCUUUGACUAA